AUGCACAAGGGGCCGGCUUCUUCCAAACGCAUACAAAGUAUACGAAUAAAUGAACUUUGGUCCGUAUCCGUACUCCGUAGCCGCCUCGUGCUCUCCUGUCUAACUAUUAAGCGCCCGCAUGUUGACAACACCACCGCCACCACCACCAACGACGAGGACGAGGACGAGGACGAGGACGAGGACGAGGACUCGGGCGUCACAAAUGGCACCAGGCCUGCCGACGCGGCCCCUUUUCUGGACGCCGCCAAUGCCGAUGCGUUGACAACAUGCAGUCGACUACCCGUCUCGCAUGAGGGCAAAGCUUCUCAGCCUGACCGCGGAUUCUGGGGCGGACACCUUCUUGUGGUCGCCGCCCCGCGCCCGGAGAAGUUUGCCUGCCGAUCUACGGAACGAACCUAG